AUGGAUCCCUCUGUCGCACAUCGCCCAUGGGAGGCAGUCUCAGGGCCUCAGUCUACUGCAGGCUCAACGCAAACCCUCCCUUCGAUCUCGACCCUCACCGCGAAUAUGCCUGGUACCGGAGCCUCGGCGGAGAAAUCCCCCGGGAACGGCUCACUGAACACGAUUGAGCGUGACUCGGGGAAUUGGUCAAUGCCGCAAAGCACAAGUAGGAGACCCUCACCUAGUACGGAAUGGGAGCGGCGCGGUGCUGACCAUGUAGGAUCGUCCACCUACUCCACGGCGACCAAUGGCACUGGCAACAAUUAUCCCUCGCUCAGCUUCAUAUCCGCGUCGCAACCUUCCCCGAAUCGCGGACAUCCGGCUGUCGAUCGCUCCCCUUACCCCCACGAUCAAUCCACCACACCGUCCUCCGCUGGCACUCAACAACCCUCUCCGAACUUCAGCCAGCCAACCUCCACACUUCCCUCCAUCAACCAGAACUACGAAGCUCCCUCCCAACGCACCAGUGUGGCCGAGACGACGGAAUCCCGGCGCAGCAGUGUUGACAGUCGCAUGAACCAAGGAAUCAGUUCUCUCGCCAUCAACCCUGCCUCGCCCUAUCACAGCACCAAUGCGUCCCAAUCGUCGAUCGUCUCCAGUCUCCAAAGGGAACGAGGGAUUCCGACCGACAUGAAUUCAUACCGGGGACCUCGGUACUCAGGAGGUAGCCAGCCACUCUCUCCAUUGGGCCCUCGCGCCACCGAUCAACAGCGUAGUUUCGCAGCCGGUCGCACUGCUCCGGCAAUUUCCUCGAAUCCUCGGUCGGAGAUUUACAAUGCUGAAGCACCCACGGCGGGUAUGGCAUAUGCCUUCCCAGACCCGGACAUGGCCCGCUCCAGCUCCGUCUCCUCGAAGGGAGAGUCCAAUCCCCCAUUCUCCCGAAAAGGAAGCAUGGCAGAGUCGAUGAAUAGCAUGUACUCGGAACGGAUGCCUCGAGGACAACAUGGUAUGCUCCCGCCACAAUACGACACCCACUGCACGCCCAAUACUAACAAUCUCCCAGACCUACCCCAAAAUGUACACCACCACCACUCCCUCCAACACAAGGCCGUGCGAGAGUUGAUCGGCGAAGAAGACGGACCGGCCGGCAGCACGCCGUACAGCCGUACGCCCGAACUACGCGUCACGCACAAACUCGCCGAGCGCAAACGGCGCAGCGAAAUGAAAGACUGCUUCGAAGCCCUCCGACUUCGUCUACCACCCGGUCAAACCAACAAAUCCAGCAAAUGGGAAACGCUCACCCGGGCAAUUGAUUAUAUCGCGAUGUUGGAGAAAACCGUGGCACAAUCCCAGCGCGACCGGGCGGUCAUGCAGUCGGAGAUGGAUGAGAUGCGCGCCCAACUCAACCAGCAAGCUAACGCCUCCCGGCCUCCAUCCAUCUUUGAGCACCACCAAAUGACCUCCAACCAGGUCAAUGGCCAGGGCCCUGUGUUUGGUGGGUUCGGCAAUGGCGUGACUCAGGAGCAGCCGCGGACGUUACCGCCCCUUAUGAAUGGCUCUAGUGCGGCUAUGCAGGGCAUUGAAUAUGAGCGGCGGUAG